CGAACAACCGGACCUGCGGGUCUGCGCAAAGAUCAGACGUGUGGAGAAUCCUGUGGUAACCAGACCUGCGUCAAAGUUCCGCGGGGCUAGCCACAGACUUCCUGCACACUAUAUUCUUCUUUAGUGGGUAUAGAGUUCAUUUUUACAUUGAUAAUGAGCACUGAGAAGCUCACUAUGGAUAGCGAUGGUUACUUCAGCCGUCGUCGCGGCCCCGGCCCCGGUCCCAUCGCCUUCACCUCGCUGGUGCAACUCUUGACCGCGAGUAUGUCCGUGAUCAUCAUCGUCCUCGCUAUCCAACAGGGGACACACUUGAUCAUAGAGGAGGUCUCAAUUCGGAAGAGCACAAUUUCUGACUACCAGAAGAUAGUCGCUGACCUCGAGAAGGAAGUGGCAGCCAUUAAGGCACGACGAGAGGUCGACUUGACGCUGUUCAGCGCUCGGCUAGACGCCCUGGAGGCGAAAACCAACAAUGCGCAAGUAACUGGUGACAUCAAUUCUCGUCCUCAGUCAUCCGAACCUGGGAAAACCAGUGCUACCUCUAAAUCUGUUGCCGAGUCGUACGCCAGUACUGAGAGUGCGGACGUCCCUCGGCCAGCACAAAGACAAAAGAGGGCGGCGAACUCUGUGACAUGGCCGGCUGGGGCGGGCGCCUGUUUACAGGGUCCGCCUGGGAGAGACGGUCGGGACGGCAUGCCGGGCCGGGACUGUCCUUGUGGAACAAAAGCCACAGAAAUAGAUGAACUACAAAGGAAGUGUGAGGAUCUCGAACAGAGGGUGUCAGACCUGGAGAAUACAACCGAGACCACGCCCACGCCCAUGCCUUGCUCAGGAGAUACAUGCAAUCUACCGUCUAGCUGCACCGAAGUAGCGGGAAGAAGUGGGUUUGAUAACCAGGCGUUCUACGUGAUCGACCCUGACGGACCAGGACGCGGGGUCCUGCCGAUGGUUGUUCAGUGCGACCUGGAGGGACAAACAGCAAUUACGCUGAUUGGCCACGACAGUGAGGCACGGACACAUGUGGAUGGGUUUGAGGCUCCAGCAAGCUACUCCAAGGAUGUGACCUACUGGAACAGCAUGGACCAAGUGAGAGCUGUGGUGGACCAGUCAUCUCUGUGCAAACAGCUCAUUAAGUAUGAAUGCCAUAGUUCAGUGAUCUGGGGCUCGACUGUAAGACCCCACGCCUGGUGGGUGACUUGGGACGGUCGCCAGACUGACUACUGGGGAGGUGCCAGUCCUGGGAGUGGGAAAUGUGCCUGUGGACAAACAGGCGCAUGCUCCGGUAGAUGCAAUUGUGAUGCCAAUGAUCUCAGAUGGCGCGAAGAUUCUGGGUUCCUGUCCCACAAAAAUGACCUGCCGGUCACCCAGCUCAGGUUUGGAGAUACUGGUGAUGCACGCGAAGAAGGCUAUUACACCCUGGGAAAACUCAUCUGCUAUCUAUGAGUCUACCCAUAAAAAAUUGUUAGUCUUUUACGUAAAGACAUAAACCAGCACAUUACACCAUGUAGUUUUCACUUAAACAUCUUUAAGUUAGCACGUAACAGUGUGGCGUUACAUAUUUGGUGUUCCUUUGUAUGCUUAACUAACAUAGUGUAGUAAAUAACUUAAAGAUAACGGACAUAUUAUGACACGCAUUUUCUUUGUUUUUUUUUUGCAAGGUCCUGUUAGGCAACAUAUAUUAUCAGUAGAUGUGGUCACUAGUACGUCUGAGGUGUCGAUGUUUAUGUUUUGUUGUAGGUCUUACAAAUUGUACCAAAAUCAAAUAUAGCGGUUUAUAGAUUUUAAAAUAUUUUGAUUUGUUUCUUAAGGCUUACAUUGCUGUACUGUUUUAAUUAAGUAGAAAGAGAUACAACACCUCUUAAUGUACUUGAAUAGUGUACCUAGAACCUAGCUCAAUUGAUCAAAAUAUGCAAAGAUGGUGGUUGGAGUUGAAU